AUGUGGACAACUGUCUUAGCAUAUAUAAUUGGUUGGUAUGUAUGUGCUAUAUCUUUAUCCGUGUACAAUAAAUGGAUGUUCGAUCCUAUAAAUGGACUUGGAAUCGAAUACCCAGUUCUCCUGACGGCAUUUCAUCAAACAACGUUGUGGGUACUUUCCGCAUUAUACAUAGUAGUUCAUGAAAAGUUGAACCCUGCAUCAGCUCAACAUAGAAAAUCUACAGUGGUUCAAAAUCAUAAUAACAAUUGGACAUUUUAUAUAAAAUACAUUAUACCAACAGCUGUAGCGACAGCGGGUGAUAUUGGGUUUAGUAAUGCGUCAUUUAAAUUUGUACCGUUGACGGUAUAUACUAUCAUCAAGUCAUCGAGUAUUGCAUUUGUAUUAUUAUUCAGUUGUCUCUUUAAAUUAGAGAAAUUUCAUUGGAAAUUGGGUGUGAUUGUAUUAGUGAUGUUCAUGGGUGUGGUUAUGAUGGUAUAUAAACCUAAUAAUGGUAAUAAUGAUAACGAUCAAACACAAGCUUUAAUUAUAUUUGGAAGCAUAUUAGUAUUAGCAAGUAGUUGUCUUUCUGGAUUAAGAUGGGUUUAUACGCAAUUAAUAUUAAAGAAAACGUCUUCUUUAACUGUUACUACUGAUGAUGAAGAAACUAAUAAUCCAAACCCAAAUGAUAGAAAUUCCAUUGAGAAAAAUGAGAAUGAAAAGCCUCAUCCAAUUUAUACUAUUCAUCAAUUAGCACCAAUCAUGGGCAUAACACUUAUCCUAACAUCAUUAAUUAUUGAAAGACCAUUGCCUGGCAUCUUUAAAUCCAAUCUAUUUAAGAUUGAAUUCAAUCACAAUAAAGAUGCAAAUUUAGGUUCAAUUUGCAGAGGUAUAUUUUUAAUGAUUCUUCCAGGUAUUGAUGUCUUUGUGCUUACUUUCUGUGAAUUUGGUAUCUUACAAUUAACAAAAGUGUUAACAUUAUCUAUAGCUGGUAUUGUUAAAGAAGUAUUAACCAUUCUUACUGGUAUGGUCUUUUUACAUGAGAGAAUAAGUGGUGCAUAUAACUGGAUUGGUAUGACUAUUGUUUUACUGGAUGUUGUUUACUACAACCAUUUCAGAUAUAAACAAAAACAAGAAAAUGAUUACAUCAAACUUUCAUCUGAAGAGCCAAAUAACCAUAUGGAGAAUUCCAACUCAUCGAGAGUCACGGGAGACCCUUAUUCUGCGGCUACAGAUUUCACUUUACAAGAAUUCGAGAUGGAUGCUUUGUCUAUCACGAUGUCGCACACAUCGGAUGGCCCAGUUGAAAACCACUCCCUAAGAUCAAUCGGAGAUGUUGGACCAAACAACAAGUAA